GGCCGGCCGCCCUUUUCCUUUCGGUUUUCCCCACCCGAUUGCCGGCGGCCCGGCCCGGCCAUGGAGAACGGCGCCGUCUACAACGAGACCACGGAACCGGAGGCGAAGGCGCCCCGCCGCCGCCUCUUCGGCUGCACCCUGCGGCGCCUGCAGGGAUGGCGGCUGGCGGCCAAGGUGGUCCAGGCGAUUUUCUCUUUUGUGGCUGUCGUUUGUGAAGAAAUUGUGGACGAUUGCAUCACUUGUAGUGGACUUUACUUCUUUGAAUUCGUAAGCUGCAGUGCCUUUCUUUUGAGCCUCCUGAUUCUGUGUGUGUAUUGCACUGAUUUGUAUGAAUCACUGGGGGAAGAUAAAGUGCAGAAACUGAAUUUUUGGGCUGUGCCAAUCAUAGGUGCCUGGUUUCUGUUAGCAUCAAUAGUGUUUUCUGCAACCUGCUCUGGCUCUGCUGUUGAAAAUGCUGCAUAUGUAUUUGGAUUUUUUGCAACUUUUGCAUUUGCAGCUGAAUUUGGUAUAGAGUUUUAUCUCAGGCGAAAACAAAACAUCAGUGGACGCUCUGAAAAUCCUGGUAAAACUCCGAGUGCCAGAGAAAAUCAGCCAUUGAAUAAACCAAGAUAACUUCCUGAUUUUUUUUUUGUUUUGUUUUGUUUGUUUGUUUGUUUUGUUUUAUUUUUAAUUGGAGCAAACUGAAAUGAACUUUCAGUGCACUAUAGGUAACAGCUUCUGUUUCUUUGUUCUAAUAGAUUUUGUAUGCAUUGCUCAUCACAAAUUUUUAUGGAUUCUUGGGUCAGGUAAUGGCAUCUUGAGCAUCAUGUUCUAAGGUAACUGAUCCUGCCACCUGCUGGGAUGACAGGCCCUAAAACACCUUGGGUCUAAACAGAAUAACUUCAGGACAGCAGUGGGCUGAUUUGAUUUUAACAGAGCUGACUGAUAAGGGUUAAUGCCUGAGGCAUAAAUUCUGAGCUGUAACCUAAAGAUAUUUCCCGGUUAAAUUGACCGGAUGCUUCUGUUGUGAGUUAUAAAUUAGUACAGCAGAACUAAUUUUUGUACUUCCUGGUCAAACUGAAUGUAAAAGGGAUACCUAACUGGAACCUUACAGGAAUAUUUAUCCUUAAAUAGGGGGUUUGGGGUUGUUUUUACCACUCUUGUGCCUCAGUUCUAUCUGUGGAGAUCAGUUUAAUGGUAUAGUGACUGUGGAGGGUUUAUGGGGAAGGUAGUGUAAAUGGUAUAUUAAGGAGACAGUUUUGCACCCUAUGAUUGUCAAAGUUUGGACUUGUAUGUCAGAAUCUUCUUUCAGAUGGUUUUGAAAGCUGAAACUGAAAAUAACAGUUGGAGGAAGAAACUUGAAAAGCCAGCAGUGCGAGGAAUAAGAUAAAGAAUAAUAUUUACAUGAAGGAACCCCAGAAGUAGCAAUCUGAAUAUUAACAGGAAAAACCUUACAGCAUGUUGGUUCUACCCUGGUGGAUAUUACUUGCAAGGUUAAUACCAUAUGCAACUUGUUUAUGUAUAGGUAAUGCUAAGUUUUGUCAGAAUGGUUUUGAACCUCACCAUUUAUAUGUGUUUAUAAAUAUGGCAGUAGCUUAAGACUCCUUGCUGCUGACUAGCUCAGUUGGUAAACAGGUAAAUAAGCACUUGUCCCCUUGAUUUGUUUUGCAAGUGACAGUCUGUAGGACUGCAAGGAACACUACUGAUGGGACACAUAUCAGACAAGUGACAGAUGUAUUAGAGCAGAUGUUGAUGGCUAUAAAGGAAAUGAAGCGCUGGAAAAGCAUUUUUCUGAUGUCUGGGGUAAAAGCGAGAGUGCUAUUCCUCUCUUAAGAGUAAAGCCUUCAAAAGCAGAGCAAAUUACUGUAAGCCAGAAGAGUUCCAAAAUACCAAAGCAAAUAAGGAGAAGCUGAUUAUGGAAUAACAGUUCUUGUUUGUGUGCUUGAGAUGUUUGCCGUGUCUCCCGGGCAUUAAGUGCAUGUCACUGAUAUCCCAGUCAGGCGUGUUCCCCGUCCUGUAAGCUGCUGUGGCAGCAUUGAGACCAAGCCCUCCAGAAACUGGCUGAGAUGCAUUUGGGGAAGGAAGAGGAAGCUGUUUUAAGACAAAGGACUGUAAUAGCAAGUCAAAGUUGUUUUUUUUCCAUUGCUGCAACUUUCUGAUGAGUGUGAGUUUGUGAUGUUUUCUCUCUCUAUGGCCUGAGACUUAAGCCUAACACUACACUUUGCUUGGAGGACAUAAAAUUUUGCCGGGUGGUGCGAAGUGCCAAGUUAAAGCUAUAGCUUGGUUUUAGAGCUAUGCAUAGAAGAGAUACUUCAUAGAAUUUUCUCUGUAGAAAAGCUCUUUGGACUUUUUUUUUCCCCCCCUUGUAUUUAUUAGUGUCUGUUUGCACAAAAAUCUGAUCUCAGUGCUUGCUGUAGCUGUCUCUUAUAACUGGGUAGAUUAGAGAUGUUUGGUUUACAAGCAGUGUUACUGGUGAUACAAAAUAUCCAUAAUGAGAAAUAUCUCCUCUAUGAUCUGCAAUGUCUUACUCUGGGGACUGUGCCCAUAGAAGUAACAUUACAAAAGUCUAAUUUUGUUUUCUUUUUAUUGCCUAGAUUCCUACUGAAUUUUUUUCCACACCAAAAUGUCCAUAGUCUAAAUUUUCAUCUGUAAUUGGUAGCUGUAAAUGUAGUGUAAGAGCAACACUGUGCUGCUAAGUAUUUAUUAAGCAGUGCAGCGCCGUGAAUGGACUUUUUAUCUUGAGAUAAUUUUUCCUGUUAUUUUUCUCAGCCUAAAGAUAAGUUAAUUGAGGUCUGGGUUUUGGUUGCUUAUUCUAUAGGCUUUUCCCUACCUAAGUGAUACUGAUAUCCAUUCCUGGAAAUACAGAAAGGGAACUGUGAAGUCAUCUCCCAGCCUUGGCAGUUUACCUGACAGUAGUCUGUCACAUAGCAGUUAAAUACUAGGAACAAGUCACAUAAUGGUUAUAGAUUUAAGGCAGUUGCCCAAAAUGUCGCUUCCAAACCAGUUGUUGGCUAACAUGCAUGAUGAUGCUGUUAAUCCUUGCACCUCAUAAGGUGUGUUUGCUCUGUUUCAAAAUAGUUGAGAAGCAGAUUUGCACGUGUGUAUGCUGUUUUCUGUGAGGUUAUUUUUUAAACUGCUUUAUCAGCUUCUUAUAUCCUAGCUUCCCUUACCACUCCUAGCUCCUCUGCCCUCCCACUCUAGGUGGGGGAGAGGCUUCCUUGCUGCAGUGACUGAGCAGACUGGUCUGCUGUCUUGACAUGCCCCAUUGCCCUUCUGGUGUCAGGUGCUGGCUUUAAAUGUCUGUCUCUUAAUUAGACUGAUCCUAGAGAAUGCUGUUGGAGCUGGAUUAAACGUCUGGUUCUGCAGGAGCUCUGUGUGUAUGACUGGAUGUCUCUUACCCCUCGUGCUCUGCCAGCAAAGCCCUUUGCUCGUUUCCCAGCCUGCUUCUGAUGAAAUCAGCCAACCUUAUUUAAACCACCUAUUUAAAUUGCUUCCAUUAAGGUGGCUGAUUUUGGCUUAAGUGGAUUAGGGAUUGUUCAGGAGAGUGAUGGGAGCCCUGGCAGAAGUGCUGUUAGAUACAACUGCCUCAAAUUUCUUCUGUUGGCAAAGUGAACAUUUCUGUACAUCAUAACUGGUAGUAAAGCCUGUUGGAAAGAAGCAAACAAUCACAUUAAAAUCAAAGUGCUACCAAGUGCCCUUUGGUUCUGGGUAUGGGAAGGAAUUGUGCCUUACUGCCUGUGCCCUGUGCUUCAAAAAAGCAGGGAAGGGUUGUGAUCUGUUACAGGUGAGUUCUACCUUUGCACCUUCUGACCUGAAAGAGCAGUGAGUGAUCUCAUGCAAUUCUCAGAGCUCAGCAAAAGAUGUUUUUGCAUAGUGGCUGUCAUGGUGAUCCUUGUUCAAAUUUGUGCAAUAAAAUACCAAGCUUUCUACACUGAAGGGAAAUUCUUAGCGAAAAUUUUCAAAGGUUCUAUAAAAUUGUAGCAAAUCAAGAUGCUGAUAGUGCCUUUAAGAUGGAAAUUCAUCUCUUUUUUAGUCUAUUGCUGUAAAUGUAAGCAGAUAUCUGGAUAUUAAAUUUUAUGCUGGACAGGGCUAUAUAUCACUUUUAAUGCCAUUUUGAAUUAAAGCAGGAUGAUAAUACAUUAAUUUUAUGUAUAUAAAGUAAGAAUUUUAUAGUUUUGUUUCCAGUAUUGCCUUGAAUGUCCAUCUAAAUAAUUUUUAGAUUACUGAAUAUUUUUAUCAUUCUAAACCUGUGAUAUUUUUUAAUGCAUAAUGUUUUCUUGAUCUAAGGAACUUCAUGAAAUAUUUUGUAAUCAUUUUUUUAAAUAAAGGCUUAGUAAAUAAGCAUUUCUUGGUUUU